AUGUCAGUGGAAGUAAACGCAGAACCGAGAAUUGAGGUUUACGAAAUACGAAAAACAAAAGACAACAGAGAUGUCGAUACCCAUUAUUUUGACCCAGACGAACUAAGACAAGAUGAUUACAUUCAAACAUUCACUAACAAGAAAACAAAUUCAAAGUUAAUAAAACAACUAACACAAUUACUAUCAGACGGGCAAAGAAUAAGCGAUGUGUCUCAUUCUAAAACUAAAAAGUAUAAAAUGGAUCUAAAUGAACUGUUGAGUUUCAUCAAAAGCGGUGAUGAUGGGCACACUCUUCGAGAUGAUGAUGGCAGCGAUUUUGAAGAUUACACUAGAAGUAAUCCAAUUGUAUUACUAUCUCUAGGAAGUGACGAAUGUAGAAGACAGAACUGCUCCACCGAGGCUCAGAAGGCCAUACGAUGA